AUGCGUGUCGACAAUCAUAUCCAUCUUCGCCAUAUCAUGCUCUACCACUUCGAAAAGGGAUGGUCUGCCGCAGAGUCGUUUCGCGAUCUCAAAGAACUUUUUGGUCAAGGAACAAUUGGACGUGCAACAGUUUAUGAAUGGUUCGAUCGUUUCAAGUCCGGUAACACAAGUGUUGAUGAUGAACCAGGAAGAGGACGGCCAUCAGAAUUCGAUGACAAGGCACUUCUGGAAGCCGUUGAAGAAGACGAAAGCCUGACAACCAGAAUGCUGGCAGAUGAAUUCAAUGUUGACCAGUCAACGAUCGUGCGCCAUCUCAAAAAGCUUGGCAAAGUAUGGAAAUUGGCUGGAUGGGUCCCACACGAACUCUCCGAGAAUAACCAAGCAGAUCGCCUUCGAAUUUUCACCGAUUUGUUGCAACGAAACGAGGAAGCACCGUUUUUGAAGAAUCUCGUCACAGGCGAUGAAUCAUGGCUGUUGUUCAAGAACCUCAAAACUCAUCAACACUUGUGUUACCGGACU